CGCUCACUAUAUUUGAUUUCAUCUACGAUUCAAAAAAACAUGUCAUUUAGCACAAUGCCUACCAAAUCUAAUAACACUCGCGGAUAUUUAUGUGUUUAAUCCACAAUCCAUCGAGACCAGCAAGAGAUUCUGAGAAUGACGCGCGCGGACUGACAACAAGCGUUACUGAGUUUAAAAUACUGAUAAAUUCUCUUCUUAGUGGACAAGACUGCAAGCUUCAAUAUGAGACAUUAGACUCAGAUCUUCAGACUCACAGGAACCACGAGAAUUUCAAAGACAAUCUUCUUGGGAUCUUCCAGGAUCUUGAGAGCAAAAUAAUCACAUUUCUGAAGAAUGAGCUGGAGAAGUUAAAGAAAAUAUUACAACAUGAGAACCCACAACACUUUGUGAAGGACUUUAAUGAGAACAGAUCCAGUAUCAAAUCAGCAGCUCUUGAUCUCACACUACAUUACCUGAGAGAGAUGAAGCAAGAUGAAGCUGCUGAUGCUCUAGAAGAUGAGCUGUUCUUCAUUCAUCAGCUGAAAUGUGGCCUAAAGAAGAAGUAUCAAUGUGUGUUUGAAGGAAUGGCGAAGCAAGGUGACUCCACACUCCUGAAUAACAUCUACACAGAUCUCUACAUCACUCAGGGUGGCAGUGAACAGGUCAAUACUGAACAUGAGGUGAGACAGAUUGAAGUUGCUUCCAGAUGUCAUGAAGCACAAGAGAUACAGGUUGAAUGCACACAUUUGUUUGAAGCGCCUGAACAAGACGAGGAGAUCCGAACUGUACUGACAAAAGGAGUCGCUGGCAUCGGGAAAUCAGUCUCUGUGCAAAAGUUUGUUCUGGACUGGGCUGAAGGAAAAGAAAAUCAAGAUAUCAGCUUCAUAUUUCCUCUUCCAUUCAGAGAGAUCAACUUAAAGGAGAAAGAAAAACUAAGUUUGAUGGACCUUAUAACUCAGUUUUUCCCAGAGACAAAAGGACUGAACCUUACAAGAAGGAAUCAGUUCAAAGUGCUGUUCAUCCUUGAUGGACUGGACGAAUGUCGCCUUCCUCUGAAGUUUGAUUGUAAUGAGACGUGGCGUGAUGUAUCGUCACCAGCCUCUCUGGAUGUUCUCCUAACGAACCUCAUGAAAGGAAAUCUGCUCCCUUCUGCUCUCGUCUGGAUCACCAGCAGACCAGCAGCUGCCAGUAAGAUUCCUCCUGACUGUAUCGACCGGCUGACAGAGAUACGAGGAUUCAGCGACGCACAAAAGCAAGAGUACUUCAAAAAAAGAUUCAAGGAUGAUAUUCAAGCCAACACAAUCAUAGAUCAUGUUAAACAAUCAAAGAGUCUCUUUAUCAUGUGCCACAUCCCAGUCUUCUGCUGGAUUUCAGCCACUGUUCUCCAGAACAUUCUGGAGGAGAAGAGAAAUAAUGAUGUGAGAAACACUCAGGCUGAUGAGAUCUCUAAAACACUGCAGGAAUCAAACACUGAAGACACUCCCAAGACUCUGACACAAAUGUACACACACUUUCUCCGCUUUCAGAUCCAGCAGAGCCGCCGAAAAUAUGAUGGAGAAUACACACCAGAUGUUUCCUGGGAUAAAGACACCAUCCUUUCACUGGGGAAACUGGCAUUUCAUCAGCUGGAAAGAAACAACCUGAUCUUCUAUGACACAGACCUGGAAGCCUGUGGUCUUGACGUCUAUAAGGCAUCAGUGUACUCAGGCAUGUGUACCCAGAUCUUUAAGGAGGAAACAGGGAUCGUUCUUGGUACCAUGUACUGCUUUGUUCACUUGAGCAUUCAAGAGUUUAUUGCAGCCCUUUAUGCACAUCUGUUUCUAGACAUCAACAAGACAAGUGUGUUUGAUCAUGAGUCUACAGAACAGGAAAACAGAAAUAAUACCAUGAUUGAUUUUCUCAAGACUGCAGUGGACAAGGCGCUGGAGAGUGACAAUGGACACCUGGACCUUUUCCUUCGCUUCCUCCUCGGUCUGUCACUCCAGUCCAAUCGACGACUCUUACGAGGUCUGUUGACACAGCCAGACGGCACUGACCGGAGCAACAAGAGGAUAAUUCAGUACAUUAAAAAGAAAUUAGAAGCUAAUCUUCCUGCAGAGAGAUCCAUCAAUCUGUUCUACUGUCUGAAUGAACUGAACGACCAAACUCUGGUGAACGAGAUUCAGACCCACCUUAGCAAAGGAAGUCUCUCAUCUGGUGACCUUUCACCUGCCCAGUGGUCUGCUUUAGCCAUUGUGUUGUUGACAUCAGAGGAAGAGCUGGAGGAGUUUGAGCUUCAGAAAUUCAAGAAAUCAGACGAGUGUCUCAUUAGAUUAUUGGCAGUCAUUAAAGCCUCCAAAAGAGCUCUGUUAAAUGAUUGUAACUUAUCAGACAAAAGCUGUUCAGCUCUGGCUGCAGUUCUUGGAUCAGACACCAAUCUGAAAGAGCUGAACAUGAACAAUAAUAAUCUGCAGGAUUCAGGAGUGAAGCUGCUCUGCUCUGGACUGAAGAAUAUAAAGUGUAAAUUGGAGAUACUGAGACUCUCUAACUGCAGUGUGACAGAAGAAGGUUAUAAAGCUCUGGCUUCAGCUGUGAGAUCAAACCCUUCACACCUGAUAGAGCUGGAUCUCAUAGGAAAUGAUCCUGGAGAAUCAGGAGUGAAGCAGCUCAAUGAUUUACUGCAGGAUCCAGACUGUCAACUGAAGACGCUGAGAUUUUUGAGUCCUGCUGCAGAGAAAGCCUGUCAGUAUGUGAAUAGAGUUGUGGGUGUAAACCUAAGAGACACACGAGUGAAUCAGAUCGCUGCUCUACUGCAGGAUAAACACUGUCAACUCAACAAACUGACUCUGUGUGGAUGCAGUAUUACAGAGGAACAGAGUCUCAUCCUGACUUCAUCUCUGAAAUCAAACCCGUCACACCUGAGAGAGCUGGACCUGAGCUGGAAUAAUCUAGGAAACACAGGAGUGAAGCAUUUAUGUGCCGUACUGAAGGAUUCACCUGUGAAACUGGAGAGAUUGAGGUUAAGAUCCUCUGAUAUGACAGAUGAAGGUUGUUCUGAUGUGUCUUCAGCUCUAAAAUCAAACCCGUCACACCUGAGAGAGCUGGACCUGAGCGAGAAUAAUCUAGGAGACUCUGGAGUGAAAAACCUCAGUGAUCUACUGAUGAACCCACAAUUCAAGCUGGAGAAACUACGGUUAAGAUACUGUUAUAUGACAGAUGAAGGUUGUUCUGAUGUGUCUUCAGCUCUGACAUCAAACCCGUCACACCUGAGAGAGCUGGACCUGAGCGGGAAUGAACUAGGAGACUCUGGAGUGAAAAACCUCAGUGAUCUACUGAUGAACCCACAGUUCAAGCUGGAGAAACUACAUCUGUUAGGGUGCAGUAUUACAGAGGAACAGAGUCUCAUCCUGUCUUCAGCUCUGAAAUCAAACCCGUCACACCUGAGAGAGCUGGACCUGAGCAGGAAUAAUCUAGGAGACUCAGGAGUGAAGCACCUCAGUGAUCUACUGAUGAACCCACAAUUCAAGCUGGAGAAACUACAUCUAAGUAGCUGUGGCAUUACAGAUGUUUCUUCUUUAACUCAAUCUUUGACUGACUCAAAAGCUCUGCAGUUUUUAAAAGAGCUUGAUCUGAUUAACAAUGAGAUAGGAGACUCAAAGCAGCGGCUCAGAGACGAGCUACGAGACUCAAACUGUGUCCUGAGAGUAGAUGAAGAUCGAUCAUCAAACAUCUCUGUUGAAGAUCGUUCACCAAACUCUGAUGAAUGCUUUAUAUCAGGGCUAUUCAAUUAGCUUCAUUUGAGGGCCGGAUUAUUAAAUCGAAAAGUUGAGGUGGGUUAAAAAUUGAGGUUGAGGUUAAAAAUAUCCUGACAGUGAGACUUUGUAACCAUAGGCAAAAUCAUGUAUGGCUCACAAAAAUACCUAAACAGGUAAAAACUAUACACACAAUGAAUUAUACAGUCCUUUACCCCCCUAAUACAUCUAAUGCAAUAUAAAUGACUAUAACAUAGUAUUAAAUAUAAAUAUUCCACAUUUCUGCCCAAAUCAUGGUAAAUUAUUACAUUCAUGGUAAAUGUUUGUAAGGGUGGUGAUUUAUAGUCUUCUAACUUUGUUCAUGUUUCUGCUAUUUACCUCAUCAGUAGUGUUGGGAAUGUUAAGGCUGUUUCAUCCGAUUUAAAACUAGUUAAAAUCAUUGAGUGAUUUGUGGUUUGUAAGAGAGAGGAGCGUCCGAUUGAAACGCUUCUCACUGGAUUUCGCAACGCUGUUUAAUAAUAGUGUCCGGAUCGUGAGUAAACGCAACUCCUUUAAGCUUUGCGUUCCGUUAUCCUCUGAGCCGUGCUGACUAGUUUAAAGUAAACUAGUUAAACAACUGAAACAGCGCUAUUUUGUUCUCUAUUUAUUGUUACUGACCGAGAAACCGCUUCAGAUGAUUCAGUGACAGAACGGUCCGAACGAAUCUGGAUUUGGCCAAUUCAUGGAAAGGAAAUAAUCGAACCAACGAAUGAUUGAUAUCGCUGGUUCAGUCGACAGAAAUACAGGACACACAUAAUAACUGCUGAAAUAUUCGGACUGAAAACGUUUCUCUCAGGUCAGUCAGAGUGCUCAUGGUACACAUACAGUGCGUAUAGUCGUCCAGCUGCAGGCGCCACGACGGCCAUGUGCAUAUCUAACCAAAUUUAGGUGCACCACCAGAAAAUAGGAGGAGGGAGGUUGGGGUGGAGAUGAAGAUGAUUAUGUAUGGAGAUUGAUUGACGAGGCGCACUUGGCCCGCGGGCUGCCAAUUGAAUAGCUCUGCGUUAUAGUUUGAAAUCAUCAUGAGAGGAGCAGAAACCAUCAGGUGAUCCACAGAAGAGUCUCACUGCUGUCUAUGAGGAGAAAUACAUGUGUAAAUGUGUUUCAUACAGGUGGAAGAGACUCAGACUUCACUAUUAAAUAAAGCAGCGUGUGUGUUAGCAUGCGUAUUAGAAACAUGUGA